CGCUCUGGCAGUCCAACGCGUGCGGGGGAGGAGGCUUCUUCCGGCCGGCUGCGGGGUAGCUGCGUACGUUGAAGGACACAACCCGCGGAAUUGGUGUCUUCUGCAAGUUUAUUUCCCCUGUGCUGUGCUUAGGGAGCCGGCCAGCAAGGCCUACUGUAGCGGCACUGCAGCCUUUGUCAAAGGGAGUGUGUGUGGCCCAGCCCCUGCAGGUCGCCAGGCCCGCAGUAAGAGGCUUAGAUUUCAGCCCGCGUCGACCAGCCGGAAGGCCUUUUCCCGAGAGAUAGCCAGAACAGAGAGCUGUAUACUUGAAGUGCAAGAGGCUGCUUCUGGUACCCGAGUAGCUCUCGACUUGGCCUCCUUUUACCUCGUGAUCUCACCAUUCCAGAUUGAAAUCAUGGCAGGUCCAGAAGCUGAUGCCCAAUUCCAUUUCACUGGUAUCAAAAAAUAUUUCAACUCUUACACUCUCACAGGUAGAAUGAAUUGUGUACUGGCCACAUAUGGAGGCAUUGCUUUGAUGAUCUUAUACUUCAAGUUAAGGUCUAAAAAAACACCAGCUGUGAAAGCAACAUAAACAGGUUUUAACUUUUACCUCAUCUGUUAAGUUCCCAUGCCUGGAGAAGCUUUUGUCAGCUCAUCAUGUGAUAUUCAAUUUGUACAAUAAAUUAUGAACCUGGAAAA